AGAUAGGGACAGAGAAGCAGAAACUAACCAGCCCCCAGCUGUACAAAGGUAGUGCUACUCUGGCUUUACAUCAGCUCACACCUGCACACUGAACUCCACAGGAACAAGUAAGAGGACCACCUCAGAACUUCAGACAGUACACGAGGACUUGAGGGAGAGUGUAGAGCACACAGAGGAAUACAGUGUCUACCCACUGAGGAUAAAGGACAAGACAGCUGAAGAAACACAGCAUCACACCCAGAAUAACCGAAAGGGUACAAUGAUCCCACAGAGCCAGCGUCAAGGUGUUGUGAGUUUGUGAUCAGCAGCCAGUGGAAUCCAGUGUGAGAUGGGAAGUCAUCCCACUAAAGCAAGGUGCAGCUCUUCCUUACAGUCCAGCUCAACCAACCAGCAGACAGCCUCCACUCCACAGCAGAACAGCAUGACCCUGCCCUGCAACACAGCUCUUAAGAAGUAUGUGGCGGUGUCUCUUUACACCUACCCUUCUGGAGGGCCAGCAGAGCCUACUGUUCAAGUAGGAGAGAGGCUCAAUGUUCUUUCAGAGGAAGGCGACUGGUGGAAAGUGUCCUCUUCAGCAACAGGCAAAGAAGGGUACAUACCGAGCAACUACGCAGCCAAAGUGCAUCAGAGGUGGCUCUAUGAAGGAAUCAGCCGCGACAAGGCAGAGGAGCUGCUGCUCCUACCUUACAACUGCGCCGGGUCUUUUCUGAUCCGGGAGAGCCAGACUCGCAGAGAUUCUUAUUCGUUGUCGGUGAGGAGGUCUAACAGUGCCACAUGGGAGUCCAUCAAACACUAUCGUAUCAACCGACUGGGGAACGGCUGGUUCUACAUCUCUGCACGCCUCACCUUCCCCUCCCUUCAGCACAUGGUCGACUUUUACACAGAUUCAGGAGAGGGUCUGUGCUGCACUCUGAAAGAGCCAUGCUAUAUCCAGGGCUCCAAUAACGUCCCUGUUCAGAACAUGCCAGAGCCCAUCAUGGUGAGGAAGCCCACCCUCAACUGGAAAGAUGUGGACAGCUCCAUGUUGUUCGGUACAGACAAAGAAGACACGGAGGAGUCUCUGGUGAGUGAGGGUCUGCGUGAAGCCAUUAACUCUUACCUGUACAUGACGGAGCAGAAGGGCUCUGACCAGGGGGGCUGCAGCAAGAGCUGGAAGACAUGCUGAGCAACGGCACGGUGCAAAAAAAAAAAAAAAAAAGCAUAAUUACUUAUCAUCAUUUUUUCUGCAUGCGCCCAGUGACCAAAUUAAGAAACUGUGGUUCCUUAGAUGAAGGAACUUUCAAGAUGAAGCUGCUCAUCCCAGAUCUCCAAGACCAACAGACAAGUAGAGUGAAGCUUUGAACGAGAAGAUUACAGACUGCGGAAAAGCUAGCUGCUGUUAGUUCUCAUUGCUAGCACUGUUACUGUCCAGCAAGCCAAAGGACUCCUUAAUAUACCUGACAAGCGCUCUGGGAUCCUCCCACCUCUCCUCUAUACUGAGGCCUGGUCUGGAGGGUCUUUGACAUUCACAAGACAGGAGAGAGCGCCAUUGUAUGGACACCUAUGCACAUCUUCAUGUUUUUCUUGGACAGUUGCUUUAGGGUUCAGGUUUCCCCAGAGUAAGUCUGUUUCAUAUAAUUGAUCUGUAUAGUGAUUACAUGCCUGUUAAACAUAAUGUGAUCCAGGAGGUAUGCAGUCCUUCUGUCAGUCCUUUAAAAGUUAAAAUAAAAAAAUCAGAAUCAGUGGCUUUUAUCUGUUUAACAAAAGGUUACAUUAAAAGGAAGUCAUAUACGGCACACCAUCCUCUUAGCUGUAGACUGGAUGUUUUUGUAGAUUGGAUUUCUCGCUAUGGCACAAUCAGCUCUCUGGUUGAGCCCUGCUUGGCUGUUUGCUUCUUCAGAGAUUGUUUCAGCCACAGGAAGCAGAUCGAUUCUCACAGGAAAUGGCCGAGAUACCAUGUACUACUAAGUGGAAAGUCUGAUGUCUUUGCAAGCCUUCAGGCCUUGGCGAGGGCAACCGAACAAACGAAGCAAGCUACCAGAGUAGGCCAAGUUUGGUCCGUUUUUUAAGCACAACUUUAGGGGUUGCAAAUAAAGCCUUUUUGGUAUUUUUCCUGGAUGACUGCGGAUGAGAAUUUUAAAGUUCGCAGACAAAUAAAAUGCACACUAAUUAAGUGGCACCACAGUGUUUAGCAAUGAUUCGUAAAGGCUUAGUUACAGGGUGAUAACAUCAACCGCAUGUAAUUCCUAUUUGUUAAUUCAUAACUAUCACAAAACAUUUCUGUACUAGACUAACAAGUUUUACUUGUGAAUCUGUUUUAAGGCAAUGUAAAAGUGAAAUGACAGAAGGGGGUUAUGUUCUGUACUGUUGUUUAAAACCACAGCAGUGUGUUUGUUAUGGGAAAGAAUUCAAUACUUUUUAUUGUGUUGUUGGUUUUUUUUUUCAUUUUAUUUUUUAUCAUGACUGUUUUAUUUUUGUAUCAAGUGGGGCAGAUACAUUUGAAAAUUGCGACCCUUUCUGGGGAGAGGUGUAAGCUUGAGAUUAUCUUGUGCACAUAUGAACUUGUAUAUAAACUAAUAAUAAAUUAUUUCUAAUAAA